GAUCAACCACUGGAGUAAGUGGGAGAUAGUUGCGGGUUGCACUCGAGCGCAAUAACAGGAACACCAACAGGACAGGUCCUAUGGAAUGAAAAUGUCCACAAAGCAAGUCACCUGCAGAUAUUUCCUCCAUGGCGUGUGUCGAGAAGGAAGCAGAUGUAUGUUUUCACAUGAUCUGGCAACAAGUAAACCAUCAACAAUAUGUAAAUUCUAUCAGAAAGGUGUGUGUGCCUAUGGAGACCGCUGCAGGUAUGAUCACAUCAAGAUCUCAAUUGGUCGAGGAGGAGGGGGAGGCGGUGGUAGCAGUAGUACCGGUGCUGUCAGUGGUCCUCCAGGCGUUGAUGUGGCUAGCAGAAGCAGCACCAGUUCAGGACCUCUUAUGUCAGGAGCAGGUCCGCCAACAAGCACGGCAAGGCAGGCCAAAAAGCCACUGGUGCUAAGAGACAGGGCGCUGGGCUGUGACAGAGGCCUUCCCCACUCAGCAGAGAGUGCCGAGGUGCUGGAGGAGCGCUGGGAGUACAGAGAUGGCGGCGGGCAGCAGGCCAAAUCCCACUCCUACCUGGACGCCAUCCGCAGUGGGCUGGAAUGCUCUGCCGCCGCAACCGCCUCCCCCUACCCGGAGGUGCCCCAGACACAGCUGUGCCCUUACGCGGCUGCUGGACAGUGUCACUACGGCAACAACUGCCCCUAUCUCCAUGGGGACUUGUGUGAGAUUUGCAGGCUUCAGGUGCUCCACCCACUCGACCCAGAGCAGAGACGAGCACAUGAAAAGAUGUGCAUGGUUGCAUUUGAGAUGGAUAUGGAGAAGGCGUUCAGGGCCCAGCAGAGCCAGGACAAGGUGUGCAGUAUCUGCAUGGAGGUGGUGUACGAGAAGGCCACCCCCUCCGACCGACGCUUUGGCAUCCUGUCCAGCUGCGGCCACACCUACUGUCUCAGCUGCAUCCGCCAGUGGCGCUGCGCCAAGCAGUUUGAGAACAAGAUCAUCAAGUCUUGUCCUGAGUGUAGAGUAGUGUCCGAGUUUGUCAUUCCCAGUGUGUAUUGGGUUGAAGAUCAGGAUGAGAAGAAUCAUCUGAUUGAAGAGUUCAAAUCUGGCGUCAGCAAGAAGCCCUGCAAGUACUUUGACCAGGGCCGAGGAACAUGCCCGUUCGGAGGGAAGUGCCUGUAUUUGCACGCCUAUCCUGAUGGCACACUGGCAGAACCCGACAAGCCUCGCAAACAGCUCAGCUCCGAGGGGAACGUGCGGUUCCUGAACUCCGUGCGGCUGUGGGACUUCAUCGAGGAGCGCGAGCACCGCGGGGCCUCCCAGUAUGAAGACGAAGUCAACGAGUUGGGCGACCUCUUCAUGCAGCUGUCAGGAGCAGGCAGCGAGAGCGGAGCCCCGGAACAUCCCUGAGCCCCAGUACCGAGCCCCAGCACCCUACCCAGUCCAGUCCAGUCCGCCCAGCAGUCACAACCACUCAUGUCCCACAGAAUAACCCACAGGAUCAUCUACAGGCUCAUCUACAGGCUCAUCUACAGGCUCAUAUCAAACUGUACUGAACUGGGCAAUAAAAAAUGUGCUCACUGGUAAGCCUUUCAUGUUGACAAAAUGAGGCUUUUUAAAAUGCCAUUUUUACUGGGUGGUACAUUUUUAGGGAAAGACUAUGGCAGUUCUGUAUAUGAAAAAAAAAAAAAAAAAAGAAAAGAAGAACAGUUGUCAAUUUACUGUACUCGCACCAAUACAGUUAUGUUUGUGAAAGCUGCUAUAUUUUCGUAAUGCAAUCAGGUACAUUUUGCCAGAUUGACAUACAUGUUCUCUCACAGACAGGUCCUAGUUACCCAUCUGUGGCAGGAGUUGAGAAGCUGAUACUGGCAGUGGCACAUAGCUCCCUAAUGCACUUUUGUAGCAAGAGUGGAGUUCUGUAUGACAAAUGGCAGUUCAGUGCACAUUAAGUCUAUUCAGACUAGUUAUGUUUGUGGCUAAGCAGUUAUAUACAAAAUGAAAGAAGAAAAAAAGUCCAUUCUUAGGGCCAGAGUUGAAGCAGUGGAGCUGAAUCUGAAUCUAUCAGAAGUGGCUCCCAACCACCAUUACGAUUCUCAGAGAUUCUCUUACUUUCCCUGUAGUUGAUAUCCAGUAUGUGCUUGUGGUCUACUAUUUUGUGAAUGAAGCCUUACUAUUUUAGAUCUCAGAGCACUUAAUUCAAUUUUGAGUACUUUUGAGUCAUGUCCAUUUUUUAGAAUUAUGCAGAAUUACAUCAAAUGCUUAUUUUAAGAUUUGGAGGGUCAAUCAUAUGAAAUCCAGUUACAGAAAUACAAGGCAGCUCAAAAUUUCUUAGCAUUUUUGUCAAAAUUGCCCUCUAUAAAAUCAUGCAAUAUAUAAAUAAGUGUAAUUCCGUUAAAUUCAGUUGUCUUGUCUUGUUUUCGAGUCCUGUUGGGUGGAACCCAAAUAUAUGAAAAGAAUACCUCUUAUUGUUUCAAAGAAGGCUUUAUAGAACAGUGCAAAGAUUUGGCACCGAAAAAAAAAAUUAAAGCCAAAGUGAAUUCAUUUAUCCAGUUUGUGUGGAUUUUAUGCCCAUCAUCCUUUGGAGUUAAUUCAACUGUAUGCGAUUCUGUGUAGACCUGUACUAUAGACGGACUCCAUUGCUUCCGGUCAGUGUCUCUAAGAGGCUCUCAUGAAUGGCAAAUUCCAACAUGCCGGUCACAAGUUUAGGAUCUGAUCAUGGGGAAUGUAGUCCAGCACCCUCCUGGAGUUUAGGUGAUAUCUGUGUGUACCCGCCUUUAAUUUGAUUGUGUAGAUUAAUCUCAGACCUUAUGGUUGUGGACCCUUGGCCUAGCACCUGUCUGUGACUUUCCUGGUGAUUUAGCCCCAGGAAGGUUUCUGCAGAACAGAAACAGUAUAAAAUAUGGUGUUUGCGAAACUUAGCUCAACUCGUGUUCAAGCUUAAAUAUUAGGGCAUGUGAUGUUUAAAGUCAUAAGAAUUUUGAUGAUCUAAAGUCUUGUUGAGUGGCACUGAAGGCAAUGUAAUGAAUGAGCAGGGGUUCUGGUGUGUCAUUACAUUGCUCAAGUGUUUGCAGUGAUGGAUAUUUACAGGAUUGGCCUUUCUCAUACAUCUAGAAGUCGACAUUACCGGCCAUCAUUUGACUUGAAGCUCUCUUCCCCACAAGUAUUUGUGAAAUGGCAUUGCCAUAAAAAUAAUACAAUUUGUAUCACUUCCUAAUAUAAUUAAAAGUGAUAUUUCAUGCAAAUAUGAAAAUGUGUUUUAUGUUUAUAUAAAACUGUAACGGGGGUAUGUAUUAUUAUUUAUAAGCAAAGUGCCACCAGGGAUGUUGUGUGCCCUUCCAACGAUGUAUGGAAGGCCAUCCAUAGUCAUGUUUACUGUCUGUAUUUACAAAAAAAAGCCCUGCAUAACUAUAUGUAUUAAAGUAUACAAGUACAGUAUGUAGUCAAAUAAAGAAAAUGUAUUUUGGGGUAUGUACACAAUGUCACCAGUCAUAAAGUAUUUAACUUAAUUUGAUUAAAAUACAAUGGAUAAACAGUC